UAAAGGAAAUAUUGGGAUGUUUGUCUUUAUCGAAAAUGAUAUGUUUUAUGGAUACCUAUAAAUAUGAUCUUUUGUUGAUUUAAAAUAAAAAUGCCUCAGUAUGGAUAAAGUAGAGUUACUUGAAAACGUAAAAAGAGAGGCAAAAAAACUAAUUGGAGAAGCAGUAUCAAAAAAGUUUAUACACACUGAUAGCAAUCUUGUUACAUCACUAUGUGGUGCAGUAGAUUGCUGUAUUACUCACAAGUUAAAGAAACGUGUUGGUGGACUUUUUCCUCCAACAAAUGAUAGUUUUGAUGUAUUAGUAAAACUUUCUAAACUCUGUUCUACUGCUGCAAGUGUUCUGCGAAUGGCUACACAUAUGUCACAUAUUCACCAAUCUAAAGGAAGAUUUUCUCCAGAAGUAGAGCUUAACAGCCCUGAAAAGCGAAGAUUAAAUGGUUAUUCAGGUUUUUGCACAAAGUAUUUGUGGAUAAGAUUAGCUCUCCUUGAAAGAUUAUUAACAACCAUAGUUGGUUCUUUAGUUGAGCAUGCUAAUGAGUUUUAUGACCCUGAUGCUUUGCUCUCUGACCCAGUUAAUGGUCCUUCUUUAGUAUGGUUGCUUGAUGGUCCAUGUUCUUUGGAUUUCUCAAGAAUGAAAACCCCUGAUAUUACUUGGAAUGACCCCACUGCUCAUGAGCUGGUUCAGAGACAUCGAAUUUACAGCUCUCCUGUUACAAGCAAUACAUUAAAGAGCCCAAGCUCAACUAAAAGAUCCUUGUUUACUACCCCUUAUUUUGAUGAAAAACCAAUGAUAGGUACUCCAAUAAUGGCACGAGAGCAUGUUGAAUCACUACAUCAAAAUGCUGAUACAACAUUGUUGUAUGGAAAGAACAAUGUUAUUGUUGCCACGAUGGAUGAAGAAAGGUCCCUUCAAGGUUAUCUUUCUUUACACAAAUCUGCAGAUAAUCUUUUUUUAAAAUGGACUCCAAAUCCUAUGUUGCACACAAGUAGUUUCCAAUCUAUUGACGAUAAAUGCAAGUACUGGGAUCAUGCUGUUACAACAGAUCUAUCAGACAUCGUGUACUUGCAUUGUCACAGUUUAGGUGCUUCUAGUGGGAAUCUUGUCUUAAUUAAUCAAGAUGGGACACAGCUUCCUCCUUUAACUUUUCAAUCUGAUGCAUCACUAUUUUCUUUUUUAUCUUGUCUUGAGCAAGGGCUUUAUCCGCUUGGAAGAUUAGACCCUCCACUCUUUAAGCAAGGUCAUAAUCUAACUUGGCCCAAGCUAAAAAAACUAUUACCUAAUAAAUUAAAAGGUGGAAAUGAUGUUCCUGUUGCAGGAAAUGAUCAUGUUUUUCGUCUUGUUUUUAGAUCUUCUGCAAACACAGAUGAGUCUAACUUCAAAAAGAUGUUAACCGCAUCUCCAAAUAUUUUUUUAAAACCUUGGCGUAAAGCACCUCAAGAAAAAAGAAUUCUACUACCAAAAGUGUACUGUAGCAUGAGAGUAGGAAGUGGACGCACAGUUCUUCCGAGAGUUGUUUUGAGUUUGGCAUGCGAGAAAAUGAAGCAUCAAAUAUUAGCAAGAGCUUUUAACGGAUGGCUUGCAAGUUACAGACAUUUAAAAACUGUUCGUACACAUUUGGCAUCUUUAGUAUUACCAUGGUCUGGCGAUUUUACAGAAAGUAAAAGUAAAGGUCUUACUAAAGAAAUAUGGGAGAGUAUGAAAAAAAGGGGAUUGAUGUUCUGUAAAACAGAGUUAAGACAGUUGGUUUAUUUGGGUGGCAUUCAAAGUGAUAUUAGAAAAGAGGUAUGGCCGUAUAUACUGGGACAUUAUACUUUUGCAUUACAAGACAAUCUAAUUGAUGUUUAUGAUAAAAUUGUUAAUGAGAAUUAUGCAACUAUAUUAAAUGAAUGCAAAGUUGUUGAAAGGCAUUUGCAGGAAAAUGAAAGAGAACUUUUAGCUCUUAAUGGUUUUGCUAAUGGAGAAACAUUUUUCCAUCAUGAAAUUCAAAGUGAUGCAAAGUCUAGUUUAAAUGAUACUUUGUCAUCUGAUAAUUGUACCGAUAAUUUUGAUUCUAUUUCAAAUGACAUUAAAAUGCCAGAAGAGCCUAACAACGAUAAAAACAAUGAAUUUUCUGUAAUUGCUAGCAUACUUGAAACAAAGCAUAGUUUAAGAGAAAUGGUUCAAAAAGCUUCUAAGAAAGGCGUUUUAGCAUGGAAAAAUAUUAUAAAGAAAAAAGGGAGGAAUUCUAAAGAUUCUCAAAAUCAAUUUGAAGGUUUACAUCAGAAGUUUGUUCCUAAAACUCAAAGUUUUAAUAUUGCACAAGCAUGCUGUGUUUGUGGUAAAGAGUUGGAUGUAGAUGGAAGCAGUUUUCAUGACAUACUUGACAAGAUUGAUGACAGUAUAAAGUGUUAUUCUUGUUUGAAGCUAGGUGAAGAGACUGAUUUAAACAAUGAUUCAUCUGAAAUGACUUAUGAUCAAUCACAGUCUAAUAGAAAUGAUGUUAAUGAGAAUAGUGAAGAUAUCCCUAUAGAAAAAAAGCACUCCGUUACCUCAAUUGGAAGUAACUAUUCGGAUGGUUACUUAAAAGACUUUGCUCUUAACAUUCAUCGCAUUGAUAAAGAUGUUCUUAGAUGUGAUCGUACUAACCCUUUUUUCUCUAGUGAAACUAAUUUAGAAAAGUUACGGAACAUAAUAAUGUGCUAUGUUUGGGAACGACUUAAUAUUGGCUACAUUCAAGGGAUGUGUGAUCUAUGUGCUCCUCUUCUUGUUAUAUUGGAUGAUGAAGCAAAAGUUUAUGGGUGUUUUGUAAAAUUAAUGGAUAGAAUUGGAGGCAAUUUCCCCCAUGGUGAGAAAAUGGAUCUACACUUAUCUAAUCUUGCUUCCUUAGUUCAAAUUCUUGAUCCUGAGCUUUAUGAAGUGUUUGAUGUACAUGAGGAUGAAAGUAUAUUUUAUUUUGCUUAUCGAUGGCUUUUGUUAGACUUUAAAAGAGAACUUCUUUAUGAAGACAUAUUCUUGGUUUGGGAGACGAUUUGGUCUGCUGCUUCUGUUUCUUCAGAAAAUUUUAGUUUAUUUUUUGCGCUGGCUUUAAUUGAGCUUUACAGAGAGAUCAUAAUUGAUAAUAAAAUGGAUUUUACUGAUAUCAUCAAGUUUUUUAACGAAAUGGCCGAGCAACACGACGCGCAUGCAGCUCUUAACUUGGCUAGAAAUAUUGUCCGAAAACUGCAAGAAUUGAUGCAUCCUGGUGAAAUAGAAUCGAACUCUGUUGAAAGUACAGUGCAUGUAAACAGCUAAGAUGAUCACACAAAGAAUUUUUUCUAGUUUCGCUCACUUUUUUUAUUUUAAUUGCUUUUUUAA